CAGAUAUGCCGCACAAGGUCGUUGCAGUGCUGGCACAGAUGCGCUGCGAGCUCACACAGCUUCAGCACGAGCUCCAUCACCUCCACCAAGACCGCAACGCCGCGACGACCAAGUUUGCGCUGCCGGACGUGUACGGCGAUGCGCUCGCGACAUCCCGCGGGCUCCGACGCGCCUCGUUGUGGCUCGCACGCUUGACGCGUCUACGAGAGUUGUUGGACGCGCGGCGUGUGGCCAAGAUUCUGGCCCGUCUGAACCGCUGCAUCGACGAGAAGCAGGUGCAGAUCGUGCUCCAGCGGCGGCAGAUCGUUGCGCACUGCAUUGCGUAUCAGCUCCCGUUGCCGCCGCUGCUGGCGCGCAUGCCGCCCAAUGUCUUUGACCGCGCGUACUUGGGGCGCCUCUGCGACGCGACCAAGGCGACGACGCAGGCGCUGGCUGCGCGCCUCGCAGUCGCACCCGCCUCGACUGCAAUGUGGCAUUUUACGACCUUCUUGGACGAGCGCACGACCGCAGUCUCGUACCGCGUGCAGACGCCGCCGCUGAGACUGAGAGCUGCGGAUGCCGCCGACGCUGUCUGGGACCUCCACGCGACCCGCACGGACUUUGAUGCGCUUUACGGCUACCACUUGACCGACUACACGAUUGUGAACCGCGGCGCGAGCUUCCUCAUUGCGCGCGUCUGCUUGCUCGGCACAGACAUGGUCGUGUACAUUUUCUGCUUUCGCGCCAAAGUCCGCGAUUUUUAUGAAGUUCAUAUGCUCAUCCUCGACUAUGAGCUCAAUAGCCUUGGGCUCAUGUGCACGGCGACUAUUGCGCCGAGUGCCGACGGAAGCGUCAUGGUCUUGACGGGCUCCUUCUUGCUUCUCGAUCGCGAACACUGGAGUGCGCUGGACGCGCCGGGGCGAGCCGACUACAUGAUGAAGAAGCAUACGUUUGGGCUCGUGCGCUGGCUCCGCGACAAGGUUUGCGAGCGGUCCGGCGAGUGGUGCUACAACGAGACGAGAAACGACCGCAAGGAGCUGCGCACGACCUUUGCGUGCGUCUUGAAGCUGGCGGCCGGCCACCACGCUGGGUACCGUGUUGUGGUCGCGACACAGCACCACAUCUGAUACGCGGCAUGUGGGUGUGCCACGUCACAGACUUGUUUAUAAGAUAUCAGCAGGCGAAAUAAAUUCUCGAGUUUGCCCCACCCACGAUCAG